CAAUCGCGCUCUCUCACUGCACAAAUGGACUCUUACACUCCUUUACUCCAGAAAACACGGGUUCCACAACCCUCGCUCCAAAAAUUCGCGGUGAUUACAAUCUUCUCGAAGUUACGAUCCGCGCCGAGUUACCUCGACCCGGAUUCCGAACCUGGUAGAGAAGCUAUCUCUCAAUGCCUCCGUUCCGCUUCUCCACCCGUCGUCGACCAGUCUGUACGCGAGCUCUGUCGCCUCCUAUUGGACUCCAGAUUGGACCUCUCCCGAACUUUGCUGGAGCUCCAGUCUGCACUCGAAGGGUCCGACCCAAAAUUUGUUGGUUUAUUUGUUAAAGCUCUUGGAUUUGUCGUUCGGGUCGGGUUUCAAAGGAAUCAUGGGUCGUGGCAUUUUCCUUCUAUUGAGAAUCACCCCUUUGUUAUGAUUUUGUCAUCAAGAACUGAGGUUCAGUCUGAAUUGGUUCAGCAAGUCUUACUAUUUCUCGGACAGGAUAGAAGAUUGGGAAUGGUGGAAAUUUGUGAAUUCUUGAGACCCUUUUUGAAUUUUUCGAUUCUACGAGUGCCCUUUUCGAAUUCUUCGUCAUCUUUGUUUGCAAGGCAGUUGAUAUCAUCAAUGGCUUCGUUUUGUUGUUCUUUCCCUGAUGAGGCGAUUCCGGUUUUAAAGCUACUGAUAGGUUGCCUUAAGCAUGCGUCACAUAAGAAUUCAGAUGAGCUUAAGAACUCAUAUUAUUUUCUGGAAUCCAUAGUUGAUGCAUAUACGGUCGUUUUGAGACACUUGGUUGGAACUGGACUGCUGGUUACUGAGGCUCAACUGUUUGGUGUGGAACUGUCAGAUGCUAUUCUUUCAUUAUUGACGUGUCAUCAUGGGCAUGCUGGUAGUAGUGAACCAAUUAUUGAACUAGUGAAGCGGCUGUUUAUUGCCCAGAAAAAUCUUUCUUUGCAAUAUAUGCCUGAAAUAUCAUCAAAACUGCUAUCCUUAUUUGUUGUCCUGAUUCAAUCUGAUCUUGAAUACGAACAGCUCUCUUUAUUGAAACUCCUGAACUUCCUUUUAAAAUGGAAGAGUGAAAAGGAAUAUGAGGUCGAUAGAGUCAAAUGUGCUAUGAGCGAAGAGCUUUUGUUCACAUUUCCUGUCAUCAACCUAUUAUCAUCUACAUCUAGAUCUAUUAAGGGGGAAGCAGCAGAAUUGCUUGUGACGCUGGAAAAGGUCCUAGUAGAACUGUCAAAAGCACCAAAGGCUGGACUAGCCACAGAAGGGGGAUUUCCCCCUAUCAGCUCUCUAGGAUCCAUUGCUUAUAGGCUUUUGCGAUGCUUGUGGUUUCAGGACCAGUUUUUACUGCCCACUUCCUUCCUGAAUUUUGCUUCCAGUGGCAAAACUGAUGUCAAAGUAAUGCACCAGAAACCGAGACAUUGGGCUUCUCAGUUAAGAGAAUACAUUUUGUCGAUUGUAGACAGAAGAAAAUCCUCCCUAUCUGUUUCUCAGUCUCAAGAAUGUUUCACAAGGGAACUGCCCCCUUUACUUGGUGCGAUUACUGGUGUUUUGGUGAUGCACCGAUCAUUUGGAGAUAUGGCAAUUGAUUUGCUGGGUGCUAUUGGCAUUGUGGACCCCAAACAGGGAGUGCCACUGCUGCUAGCAAUUCUAUUUUACAGUAACAUCUUCACCAGUAAAGACAUUAGUUACCAGUAUAUAUUGCCAAAACUUCUGGCAUUACUUCCAUCACUUGCUUCACAUUCUGUGAUGAUCCCCCUCAUAAUUCAGACAAUCUUGCCAAUGCUUCAGAAAGAUGGAAAACCUGUGUUGUAUGCCACCGGCGCUCGUUUGCUUUGUCAGACCUGGGCAAUCAAUGACCGUGCCUUUGGGAGUUUGCAAGCAAUAUUGCUUCCGAAGGGGCUCACUGAAUUCAAGCAUGAGAGAAACAUCUUAAUAAGUUUGGCUGCCUCCAUUCGGGACAUUUGCAGAAAGAACCCUGAUAGGGGGGUGGAUCUUAUCUUAUCUGUUUCGGCUUGCAUUGAGAGCCAAGAUCAUAUUAUUAAAGCUCUUGGAUUUCAGAGCCUUGCACAUCUAUGUGAAGCUGAUGUAAUUGAUUUUUAUACUGCCUGGGAUGUCAUUGAUAAGCAUGCGGUAGACUACACCACAGACCCAGUUCUUGCACAAAGCAUAUGCCUCCUUCUGAGAUGGGGUGCAAUGGAUGCUGAAGCAUAUUCAGAAGCUUCAAGGAAUGUCUUGCAAAUUUUAUGGGGUAUUGGAACUGCUGUACAUGUCAAUCAAGCACUUGAGUGGGCAAGGGCAAGGAUCUUUGCCUUUGAGGCCCUGAGCCAAUAUGAGGUUACACAUAUACAAAUAGGAAUUCCAGAUUUUAAGAGGGUGAACAUGGAUUUGCUUUUAUGUGAGACGAAUCUUGAUGUGCUCACGGCUAUGGAAGGAUUUCAAGUCAAGAUCAUAACUCAUGAACAUGUGAAUCGUCGAAGGUUGGUGAAGGAGAAAAAAGUUGCUGGAAGUAAGAUUGAGAAGUUGCUAAAUGUAUUUCCACAGGUUCUCGUCUCCUCAGGGAUAAAAGGUAGUGCUGGGCAAUUACCUGGGGCAGCUCUGUUAUGCCUUUCCUUUACCCCUAAAGAUGUGAACAGACAAUGCUUGUCAAGAGUAUCUGUAGAUUUCCAUUCUGGAUAUGAGAGUGCACUGGUGGAAAUAGCUGCUUCUCUUCAAUUAUCAAGAAACAUUUUCACUGCCCUUCUUUCAUUGCAAUCUUGGAAGUCCUUCAUGCGGCGUUGGAUAAGGGCAAAUAUUUCAUCCCUUGAUGCUAAAGCACCUUCUGUUUCAUUAAAUAAAACUUCUAAAGCUGCUACUGAUAUCCUGAAGCGUGUGAUGCGACUUGCUGAAGAGUCUAUCCCAAGUUCUGCUGAAAAUAUUGCUCUGGCUAUUGGUGCACUCUGUGUGGUGUUGGCUCCAUCUACCCAUACUGUCAAAUCAACUGCUUCAAAGUUUCUGCUAAACUGGUUGUUCCAGAAUGAGCAUGAUCAUCGCCAAUGGUCAGCUGCAAUAUCUCUUGGAUUGGUUUCAAGUUGUCUUCAUGUAACUGAUCACAAACAGAAAUUUGAGAAUAUCACUGGACUUAUAAAGGUUUUGCAUGGCAGCAAAAGCAUCCUUGUCAAAGGAGCUUGUGGGCUUGGCUUGGGCUUUGCAUGCCAAGAUCUUCUUACCAGGUUUGAAGCUGCUGAUAAUGUUGAUUUGGAUAAAGAAAAGUACAAGGCACAGGAGGUUGACUUAUUAGGGAAGAUUCUUAGGACAUUACUUCUGAUGACAAGCCAGCUCAGUAAUGCUUCAUAUGAUAUUCUAGAAAGUCUUUCUCCAUUUUUCGGCAUGGGUGCUAAUGAUAUGGAAAUCAAUUUGACAUCUGAUCAGUUGCUUGAGAGGUGUGAUGACUUGGAGGAAGAUCCUUGGGGUGUUGCUGGUAUUGUCCUUGGCUUGGGGAUCUCUUUCAAUGCAAUAUAUAGAGCUGGGGCACAUGAUGCUAUGCUGAAGAUAAAGGACUUGAUUAUAUCAUGGAUCCCACAUGUAAACUCUCUAGUAACAAACUCAUCUUUUUCAAGUGAAGGAAGGGAGAAAGCUUUAUCAGUAGGAUCCUGUCUUGCACUUCCCAGUGUUGUGGCAUUCUGCCGGAGAGUGGAAAUGAUCAAUGAUAAUGAGCUGGAUCAACUAUUAAAGGGCUAUCAUGAGCUCAUUUUUGAGUUAUUAUCUGUUAAAAAAUCUGGUACUUUCCAUCAGAGCUUGAUGCUGGCAUCAUGCAUUGGUGCGGGAAAUCUUAUCGCUUGCAUUUUGAAUGAAGGUGUGCACCCUCUUGAAGCUGAAUUUGUAAAAGGUUUACUGGAGAUGUUUAGAAAAUGCUACUGUAGUUCUUUCCCUCCUAUCAUCCAUCUGGGUGGUAUGCUUGGAGUUGUUAAUGCAAUGGGAGCUGGUGCAGGGAUUUUGGUUCAUGCCCAUCACUUCUCAGCCUCAAUCAAGACUGCUUGUGAACAAAAGGAAUCUUCUCAUAUUUUGGGCCCUUUACUUUCAAACCCUUUUUGUGAGCCACAUUUGACAACAUUGGUGCAAGAGAUAUUUCUCAUCGCGCAAAAUUCUGAUGAUCUUAAAAUGCAACAAAAUGCAGCUUGGGCAGUUUCAUUCCUUCGAAAUGGUUUGUGGUCAAAGGAACUUCUAAAUGCUGAAAGCAAUGAUCAGACUGAUGUUGUUGAUAGCAAAACAAAUUCUCACAAUUUUCCUGAGGACAGUUUAGUUAUGAAGCUGACUAUAUGGUUAAUGCAUCUAAAUAACUCCGGGGCAGGGGCUAUUGCACAUGUGGGCACUGUUGUAACAGUUUUAAGAUGCCUUUCCCGAGCUCCUAGAUUGCCAACAGUGGAUUGGGGAUUGAUCAUUAGACGCUGCAUGAGAUAUGAGGCUCAAGUGUCUGAGGUGUUGUUGCCAGAUUCAGCUCUUAAGAGGGGAGCCCUUAGGGAGGAAUGUGUACAAUUCUCAAUAGCUCAUGCAAAUCAAUUAGAUCCCCUCCUGACUUUCCUUGAUGAGCUAUCUGAUUUGACGAGGUUCAGGACACUAGAGCUGAAUCUGCAGUCAUGUCUGCUCUUUCAUCUUGCAGGCCUGAUAAAAGUAUUCUCAGGUUCCAGGCUAGAGAAACUGCUUGAUGAUAUUGCUGAAUACUUUUGCUCAGAUAUUUUAUACCAAGGGUAUAGCCCUGAUCAGAAGGGCUCAUUGAGAAUCUCAUGCUGGGUGGGUCUCUAUCAGUGUCUAGAAGAAGCUGUCCUUAGCUCUGUAGAGUACAUAUCAAACCUUGACAAGUGCAUAGAGGUGCUGUUUCACUUGUUGCCUGCAUCAGAAUCUGCUGCCUUCACAGGAGUGGAUCUGCCAAAUGCUGCAGAGGAAUGGCGUGUGGCAGUUCAAUGCUUGGCAAAGGCUCAAGGGGAUUGGUUAUUGGAUUUCCUGCAGGUUCCAUUAGGGGAUCUUGUGCAAGGAGGUAGCCUGUCAAAUGAAGUCCUAAAGAAGAUUCUAGCGAAAGUGAAGCUAGUUAGGAUGGGUUCCAUCCCAUUAACCGAGCUUGGAAGAUUAAAAGCUUAUAUGCUGAACUCUAAAUCAAAGGAUAUUUGGAAUUUGCAUGCUGAAGUGGUAGCAGCUUUGCAACAUGCAGAUGGAAGUGUCAAAAGACAGUGGCUUAUUGAUGCAGCGGAGAUUAGUUGUGUCUCGAGCUAUCCUUCCAUAGCCUUAAAGUUUCUCGCUCUGCUAUCUGGUAGCUGUUGCAAAUAUGGGUCUCUUCUGACUUUGGACCAGUUAUCCGUGUUGAGUGAUCUACCAGUUACCCUCCCUUCCCUUGUGACCGAACCUAGUUGGGAAGUUGUCGCGGAAUCCAUUGUUUCUACCCUUUGGACAUCAACCGAACGCAUAUACUACUUGGUUACUGACAAAGGACCCCCUGACAAUACAAAUAGCACACAACCUAUUGACGGAAGUGAAAAGGAUAUUGCCUCCUUUCUAUUGCAUGUGAUGUAUCAUACCUGUACAUGUUUAAAAGAGUAUUUGCCUUUGGAGAAGCAGCUUAGGCUUGCCAAUAUGCUGGUCACUUGAGAGAGGGUCAUAGCCUAACUUGCAGUCAAUUAGGCUAUAUGAUCUUUGCUUGCGGCAUCUUUAACUAUUCAGUCAGCAUCUCUCACUUAACGAAUCCCGUGUUUUUCAAAGCAUUACUAUUCCUGCGUGAAGCUUAUCUCUAAUUGGUUAUCUUUUUCCAACUGGAUCUUAUUCCACAAGUCCUUUAUGUGAGGCUAAAGGGCUAGAGUGCACAAGUUUCUGGGUUUCCAUCAAAAUGGCGACACAAGGGACUCAUCUUUUCAGGUACCAGUCACCAAUAGUUUAUAUGUAAAUAUAUAGCUUUACUCAAUGGUCAGUUGUUUCUAACCUUUAUGUAACCUUGAUGUCUGUCCUCUGUUUAAAGAAUCUGUUUUAAAUUCUUCGUGUUCAAGCUGUUCCAGCAACCACGGUUGUUUCUAAAACUGUCUUCAACAUGGGAGGUAAAGAGUAAUUGAUGAUUAUGAUGAGUCUUUA